AUGUCCGACUUCCCUCCGAAUUUGUCCAUUCGUCCGUUGACGGUGGAGGACCUUGACCAAUGUGUCCAGCUUGAGAACAAGGGUUUUCCCGAAGACGAAAAAGCCUCCAGAGACAUGUUGCAGUACAGACUAAUUGCUUGCCCGGAACUAUGUUCCGGGUUGUUCAUCCGUGAAUACGGCGUCAAAUAUAACGCCAUCAACUUGCCGGAGGUGGCGGAGAAGUUGAAUGCUGAAAAUGCAUCCUCAAAAGAGUCCGAUGGUACCAUUCAGCCCAACAACAAGGAAAGCAGCGAUGGCGACCAGGAGAACGAGGACUUUCCAAGCUUACCUGUGAAGCUGUCUGUGGUGAAGGAGGUGUUGAUUGGUCACAUUACCGCCACCAAGACUCCAACCGAGAAAUUGACCAAGGCCGCCAUGGAGUUGCCUAGUGACCUGAACAAGGACGCUGGUCACGUAGAGUAUGCCAGAAGCAUUGCUAUCCACGGCUUGGUGAUCGACCCAGAGUGGAGAGGAAAGAACUUGGGCACCUUGUUGAUGCAUGACUACAUCCAGAAGUUGUCGAACCAGGACUUGGGCAGCAAGGUGAUCCUCGUGUCCCACAAGGAGUUGAUUCCAUUCUAUGAGAAGAUUGGCUUUGAGUUGCACGGUGCCAGCGACAUCAAGCACGGUUCUGAGACGUGGUACGACUUGUCGAUUGACUUGGUGCCUCAGGAGGAGGAGUAG